ACGAGCAUAUACACCCGAUCCGCAGUAGCCUGUCGUUGCCCUUCAACCCCAUGAGUUGAUGUCCUAUCAUUCACAUGGGUCUACGUAGUCAAACAACGGUGUGCCCAAUGCAAAAGGCUUUAACCAUUGCACUGGCAAUGCAACCUUAUCGCGGUGUGGAGGUCCAAGAGUAGAAGAGAGAAAAUAAUAAAUAAUCCUCAUGAGAAGGAAAAUAGUAUAUAGUGUCAUACAUUCUGAUUUUUUGUUUUUGGGGGGGAGUUGUGUAACUACUAAAUCCCAAUAUGGAUACCUGAGUCCUGACCGAUUGGUAUUAAAGAAUCGGUUUAAACUCUAAACCCUACAUGUUUACUGAGAAAACGGCUUUUUAAUUGAGUAUCGGUCCUAAAUGGCCGAUACGUGUUGUUACCGAUACCGUUAUAAUAAUGGAUUCGCUAUGGAAUGACUGCCAAGAAGAAGAAGCAGCAGAGGAGAGCAGAGGAAGGAUGAAGGAUGCUUGUUUAUUCUCCCGUUGAGACGAGUAGAAUGCUGGGAAGAACUGCUACUGCUGCUUAUCUAAAGCAAAAGAUCGUUGUUUCUCUUGGCUCUCCUUCUUCUUCUGUUUCUCGGCUGCUUGUUGCAACUCUAUCCCAUUAUUACAGUUCUUCUACCACUCGUAAUCCUACGAAUGCUGUUAAAAGUCAACAAAGUUCAUAUACCCAGUUCACAGAUCAAACGAAAUCACUGGAGAAAUUGGUGAGAGAUCGAUGCAGGUCAGGCUCCCUUACUCUUGCUGAAUCGUUGGGUUUACUAAGCCAAUUGGUUCUCAUAGACCCCAGUCCCUCAAUUUCUACUUUUAAUCAACUGUUAGGGGCCAUUACCAAGAUAAAGAAGUACCCUUCAAUGGUGAUCUCUCUGUUUAAACAGAUGGGUUCAUUUGGGAUUCAACCUGAUAGCUACACAUUGAGUAUCUUGCUGAAUUGCUUCUGCCACUUGCGUCGUGUGGAUUUGGGUUUAUCUGUCAUAGGGGUUAUCGUGAAACGUGGGUUUGAAUUGAAUGCUGUAAUAUUAAGUACUCUGAUUAGGGGACUUUGUGAUAGAAAUGAGAUUGGUCUUGCCAUGGAGUUGUUUCACAGGAUUAAGGAAUUGGGAUAUCCAUGUGAUGAGGUCACUUAUGGAACCAUAAUGAAUGGGCUCUGCAAUAGUGGUCGUACAGGUGAAGCUCUUGCUCUGCUAAAGGAGAUGGAGCAGAAGAAACAGGGAUGCAGGGCUAAUGUGACAAUGUAUACCACAGUUAUUGGUGGUCUCUGCAGAGAAGGGAUGGUGAAAGAGGCUAUGAAUCUCUUCUCAGAAAUGUCAAGGAAACGUAUCUCACUGGAUGUUGUUGCUUACAACACUGUGAUUCAUGUUCUCUGUGAUUUUAGGUGGUGGAAAGAGGCUGCUAGUCUUUUUAAUGAUAUGUUAGAGCAUGGGAUCUUGCCAGAUACCAUAACCUUCAGCACUCUAGUGGAUGGUCUUUGCAAGGAAGGGAGAACUGCAGAAGCACUUUCCAUGUUUGAGUUAAUGACUCAAAGAGGUGUGAAGCCUAAUCUUGUUACGUACACCUCUUUGAUUGGAGGAUUAUGUGAUUCGGGACAGUUGAAAGAGUCAAUGAGAUUUCUCAAUGAAAUGCUGGAACAGGGUAUCUCACCAAAUGUUGUUACCUUAGGUGCGUUGGUGGAUGCACUUUGCAAACAAGGAAUGGUUGUGGAAGCUCAUAAGCUAGUUCAAUUAAUGACUCAAAGAGAUGUGGAACCUGAUUUAAUCACAUAUAACUCAUUGAUUGAUGGAUAUUGUUUGCUAGGUCGUAUGCGCGAAGCUGAAGAAGUCUCUACUUACAUGUUGAAUAAGGGCCACAAGCCUGAUGUCAUCACCUAUAAUAUGUUGGUCAACGGCUACUGCAAGAGCAGGAAGAUAGAAGAAGCCUUGCAGCUCUUUAGGGAAAUGCCUCGUAAAGGAUUGAAUCCUGACACUGUAACUUAUAAUACUCUUAUAGGUGGGCUUUGUCAAGUUGGCAAAAUUAGCUUUGCACAAAAGCUAUUUAAUGAAAUGUUGGUUCAUGAGCAACCCCCCAGUCUAUACACCUAUUCAAUAUUAAUGAAAGGAUUGUGCAAAAACGAGUGUAUUGACGAUGCCAUGGAACUAUUUCGUAAUGUUGGGGAAUCAAACCUGGAUAUUGUAAUUUUCAAUGUCCUCCUUGAUGGACUGUGGGAUGCUUGUAAGGUUGAAGAUGCAAGAGAACUUUUCAACACCAUUUUUACCAAAGGAUUGGAGCCUAAUGUACAAUCAUAUAGCAUAAUGAUCAAGGGCCUCUGUGAGGAAGGUUCACUGACUGAAGCUUAUGACUUAUUCAUAAAAAUGGAAGAGAAAGGGUGUCCUCCAGAUGAAGCCAGUUUCAAUAUCUUGGUUCAAGGUUUUCUCCAGAAGAAUGAAAUCCAAAAGGCAGUUGAACUUCUUACUGAAAUGCUUGAGAAGCAUUUCUUACCUGAUGCAAAGACCACACAUCUGAUAGUGGAUUUGAUUUCAGUUAAUGGGCCUGGUGGUGAAUGCUUUACAAUGCUAAGAAGAUUUGUGUCAAAUGAAAAGCGUGAAAAUGAUGAUGUUAAUCUUGAAUCGCUUUGAAGCUUUCUCAAUGUACUAAUACGCUAAGGAUUUCUUAUGUGAUUCGAAGCUCCAAAUUUGGAGAGAAAAUGAAUAAUGGCUAGAAAAGGUAUUACCUCCUCCCAGGAUGUUAAUCUCCUCCCAUGUGACACAUUACCAGUGGAUGCGAUAAGAGUAUCUGGUUUGAAGAGUAAGUUUAUGGAUGCUUAUCAGGAUAACAUAGGCAAGUUAUCUUCUAAUCUCCGUGAGCUUCUAUAUCUCAGUACUAAGAGCUUUUAUUAACCUUCUGUAUUACAUGUUUAUUAUGAAUUGAUAGUGGUUAAUCACUUCCUACUUCAGAUAUGGUCCUUGACUAUACCUUUUUGCAUGUUUUAUAAUGGUUAGGAUACAUUUUUUAUUUUUAUUUUUAUUAUUCUUUGAAGGACAACUAAAUCUAAAUCCUCAUUCUUUUUCGCAGUUCUUAUGUAAUUUAUCUGAAAGGAUUUAAUGUUUCACCUUCGCC